AUGUCGGUCUCUGCUCAAAUGAUGUCCUCCAAAGGACCCAAGACCGUGACCUCAAAGUCCAUUAUCACCAAGAGUCGGGGUGGUUCCACGAUCUUUCCACAGAAAUCCUACAGUGUGUAUGGAGGUGGUUUAGGUGGAAGCACCCGCAUCUCUUCCUCCUCCCUGCAAUCCAGAAGCAGAGGAUACGGAGGAGGAUAUGGUGGAGGAUAUGGUUUUGGUGGAGGAUCCGGUUUUGGUGGAGGAUCCGGUUUUGGUGGUGGAUACGGUGGAGGUUAUGGUGGAGGACAUGCAGUAGGCAUAAUGCCUGGAGGCUGCGUUGUAAAUGACUUCCAGCUGAAUGAGAAAGCCACCAUGCAGAACCUGAACGACCGUCUGGCAUCCUACCUGGACAAGGUGCGCUCGCUGGAGGCUGCCAAUGCCAUCCUGGAGAGGCAGAUCCGCGAGUACUAUGAGAAGAAAGGGCCGGUCGCACAGAGGGACUACAGUGCCUACUGGAACACCAUCAAGGACCUGAAGGACAAGAUUAAAAACGCUACCACCCACAACGCCAACAUCCUUCUGCAGAUCGACAACUCUAAACUGGCUGCUGAUGACUUCAGAAUCAAAUAUGAGCAUGAGGUGGUGAUGCGGCAGUGUGUGGAGGCCGAUAUCGCUAACCUGCGCCGCUUACUGGACCAGACAAACCUGGCAAGGUGCGACCUGGAGAUGCAGCUCAAGGGUCUGGAGGAAGAGCUGGCAUUUAUGAAGAAGAACCACCAGGAGGAGCUGGCUGCACUGAGGUCACAGCUGACAGGCACAGUGAACGUAGAGGUUGAUGCUGCUCCUCAGCAAGACCUGAACAAGGUUAUGGAGGAGAUUCGUGCUCAUUAUGAGAACAUCAUCCAGAAACACCGCAGGGAACAGGAGGCCUGGUUCAAGGACAAGACAGCAGGGUUGAACAAAGAGGUGACCAUCCAGACAGAGACCAUACAAACUUCCAGAUCACAGCUCACAGAGCUGCGAAACACCUUGCAGAGUCUGGAGAUCGAGCUGCAGUCUCAACUCAGCAUGAAAGCAGCACUGGAGAACUCACUGGCAGAAACAGAGGCUAGGUACAGCUCUAUGCUAGGAGGCUACCAGAACCAAAUCAACAUGCUGGAGGCCGAGCUCUGUCAAGUGCGGGCAAGCAUUGAGCAACAGGGACGUGAUUACGCCUUGUUGUUGGACAUCAAGACACGUCUGGAGCAGGAGAUCGCCACCUACAGGAGCCUCCUGGAAAAUCAGGACAUCAAGACUCAAAUUCCAGGUAAUUGAAAUCUCUCUUUUGGAUCUCUCUCCUCAGGUGGCUCCCAGAUUCUGACAUCUAGUGGAUCUCAAUCCUCUGGUGGUUCUGGUGGACCAACAAUCCAAAUCAAGCAAACCACCACCACUUCACAUCGUACUUACUAAAGUCACAGCAUGCCGCUUCAUGAGACAGUAUUCAAACACAUGCAGACAUUUAAUUUUAAAUGAGUGUUGAGACACAGUUUGUGACAUGACA